AUGGAGAGAGGCUUCUCAAAGUGUUGUGUGCUCAUGAAAGGUGGCAAAACGACAAAAUCAUCGCGACACCAGUACAGCUUUAAUGUUGACAAAGGAGGUAGUACUGCACUGCUAUUGUUGUUCAUUAAAACAAAAACCGAAGUGCCAAAAUAA